ACAGGAUUGUCAUUUAUUUGGCGGAUAUUUUACGCUUUUGAGGUCUUCUGUUCUGCUCUUCCUUCGAUGCCGCGCAUCCUGUCCGUCGCUUUCGUGUGUUGCUGCUAUCAUGCCUCAACAAGCGCAUUUUUCUUGCAGCCAACCUUGUCCACGAAGAUGGCCUCUAUUACAAGCGUGCGCCAAACAGCGGCAUUGGAAGCAGGGACAUCAGCCUCAUUGGAUGAUCAAGCAGACUUCGUGAAGGCAGAACUCGCUCGUAAGAAGCAAGAAUAUGAUGCCUCCCUAAAAGCGAGAAUUUCUGCCUCCGUAGCUAAUGCAGACGUAGCCGACAGUAUCCCGCCUCUUGAUUCUCUCCCUUAUGUGCCCUAUUUGGAUGAGACCGGUAAAAUCAACGACUGCGGCGCUGAUGCUAAGGUGAAGGCGAGUGUAUACGCACUGUAUGAUGAGAGCGAAACUGUGCGAUACAUUGGUGUUUCCCGCUCCGUGACGCAAAGCCUGCGCUUGCACUUGGCGCGGAUGCCUGAACAGACCUACGGCUUCCGCGUUUAUCACAUUUCCAAGCCGACCCGUGUCUUGUUGGAAAUCACGCGCGAUACGUGGGUCGAUCAGCUGGGCUACCAGCCUCAGGGCAACGAUAACGGGCCAAAUCAACAGCUUUGGGAGAGCGCUUUGGAUGUAAAACCUUUGAUGAACGAAGCGGAUCACGCAGCCCUAGAAACUGCCCGCAUCAAGCAGCGUUCCGAGGAAAACGCAAUGAAGAAAGUGACGCGCCGCUUCGAAGAGGCCAAAAUAUCUGUUUUGAAUGCCCGAGGUGUAACUGAGAGUCUUCGAUUCGACCCCAAAUUGAAAGGAAAGGGGUUGCUGGAUUUGUACUUAGAGAAGCAACCUGAUUCAGCGGUGCCUGAUUCCAAGCCUUCAUCGAAGAAAACGUCUGCCGCCAAAGAGCUUCGCAGCUCGAUGGAGUCCGCUUCCCGGAGUCUGUCCAUUGAGACUUUUGCCCGAUUUGAACAAGACCUCUUCCAACGAGUAUUUUCUCUGGUUCACGCGCCGGAUUCGCCACUGUGGGAAAAGCUGGGCGGGUUGGAGGCAAUGGACGAACUCCUCGACGUCCCCUCCGCGGAUACUGAGACCAAAGUGAUCAAAUUCGCCAACAAACUGUCCUUCUCACUACGAUCCUCCAUCGAAUACGAAUUUCUCCUCCAGGCAUCCAGGACGCUGGGGCACCUCGCCCGUUCCUCUGUAGUGCCCAACGCGGACUACGUGGAAUUUGAAGUGGACCGGGGGGUGGAAUGGCUGUCGUCGGAGCAGUCCUCGCGUCGCUUGGCGGCUUGCUUUGUCUUGAAAGAACUGGCCGCAAACGCGCCUACCUUGUUUUAUGCCAAGACGGGGGAUUUCCUGGACAGGGUAUGGGUGGCCCUACGGGACCAGAAGCCCAUCAUCAGGUUGAAUGCGGCGCGGGCCCUGAGUGGGUGCCUACGGAUGCUGUCGACUAGGUAG